GUCCCGGAUGGUGCUCGCACCGGAAGAGAAGGUGCAGUUCUCCCAGCCAUCUUGUGGCAGCAUCCAGCGGAUUGUUCGCAUCAAGCCUCGUAGAAUCGGAGGUGAAUCCCGCUGAAGGGGCGCCAUCAUGCCCGGACACCUGCAAGAAGGCUUCGGCUGCGUCGUAACCAACCGGUUCGACCAGUUAUUUGACGAUGAGUCCGACCCGUUCGAGAUCCUGAAAGCUGCUGAAAACAAGAAGAAGGAGGGGGCCGCCGCUGGUUCCACCAAGUCCGCGGCUCAAGCAGCAAAGCAGCCGAAGAAGGAGUCACAGAAGGACCGAAAGAACCCGCUGCUGGACAAGAAGGAGGAGUCCCAAGCUCCAGUUCCACUGAAGAAAGAAGGUAUUAGGCGUGUGGGCCGAAGACCAGACCAGCAGGGCCAGCCUGGUUCCCAGCAUCAGGGUGGGCAGGGUGAAGGGCGACCUGGAGACAAGAGGCCGGAACGGAGACCUCCUCGCGAGCGCCGUUUCGAGAAGCCGGCAGAGGACAAGCCCGAUGGAGGUGGCGAGUUCUCUGCAGACAAGCCUUCUGGAGACAGGCCCCCGAGAGGGCGUGGUGGCGGACGGGGUGGGCGUGGUGGAAGAGGACGGGGCAUGGGCCGAGCAGAAGGCUUUGACUCCCGUGGGAAACGAGACUUCGACAGACACAGCGGCAAUGACAAAUCCAAUCAGAAAAGUGAGGAGAAGCGCAGUGGCAGCGGCUCACACAACUGGGGCAACGUGAAGGAUGAAGCGAGCGAGGCUGAACAGACUACUGCUCCAGAGACGACCCCAGAGGGAGAGGAAAAUGCACCUGCCGGCUCUGAGAACAAAGAGAACGAAGUUGAAGAAGUUAAAAACGAAGGCCCCAAAGAGAUGACCCUGGACGAGUGGAAGGCAAUGCAGGACAAGGAGCGCACCAAGGUGGAGUUUAACAUCCGUAAGCCCAACGAGGGAGCCGACAGCCAGUGGAAGAAAGGAUACGUGCUGCACAAGUCCAAGAGUGAAGAUAGGCCUGUUGGUGCUGUGAUCGAAGCCGCAGAGACGGAAGCAGAGCCAGCCCCUGUGUACAACAAGGUGCCUGCAGCUCUCACACUGCAGCAGGGCACCCCGGAUGAUUCCAGUGACCACCACUUUCGCAAACCAGCCAACGACAUCACAUCUCAGCUGGAGAUCAACUUUGGAGACCUGGGCCGCCCCGGUCGCGGGCGCGGGGGAGCUCGCGGAGGCAGAGGAGGCCGUGGCGGUGGCGGCGGUGGCAGCGGCGGGGUAGGCAGCCGGACGGCACGCGGGGGAGGACGGUCCGAAAAGGCUAGUGGAGUGUCUGUCCCCAACGUGGAUGAUCCUGAGGCCUUCCCAGCCCUGGCCUAAAGGCUCCUCUUUUACCACCAGCCCACCCAUCAGCCCUUCCGGGCCCCUCUUCUACGAGGCUUGCAUGCUUACCACAUCUUCGAGUAUAUAAGAAAACAGAGAAAAAAAAAAAAGAUUUUAAAUGACAAGAAAAGACUGUCAUCCCAUAGCACUCACUUCACCAGAGGACUAAAAUUUUACCUGUUUUAAAGGAGAACAAAAGACAAAAAAAAAAAAAAGGCGAGAAAAGGACCUCUUGUUACACUGAAGUUUUGUAUUUAGGAACAUGAAAGCAGGGAUGUUUUCAUACUUUUUUUCAGAGAUUAUGCAUACUUCAUUGAUAUUUUUUUUUUUGUGCUGCUUGAAUUUAUGAAUUUCUGCAAUUAGGUUGAAGUGUGUGUAUCUCUUCCCCUGAAGCUUUUGUGCUUUUUCCCCCUCAUGACUUCAGCUCAGUAUUAUGGGGUCAGACUUUCAACUGGAGUUUUUCCUCCCAGUAAUACACACUGAUGUGGUAGCACUACACUACAUAGGAUACUUGUAUUAGAUAUCUGAAGUAUGGCUUAACAUGCAUUUAAAGUGUAAAUACUCUGAUCCUGACUACCCAUCCCUUUGCAAGGCGCAAAUCGGGGAUGGGUUACCAGGCCAAGUGACUUCCUACUAAAGCUUGGUAUUUUUCUGCUUGUGCAGUGAAAGUAAAUGCCUCUUUCCAUUUUUUCUUUUCUUUUGAUAGCUUGCCUUUUUUGGUGGACCAGUGGUUAGUGAUGCUUUGUAUCCCCUGAUCCAGAUGUGCUACCUGUGUUUUCAGGGUGUCCCAGGGCCCAAUGUGUAUAUCUUUAGGCUGGUCCUCGUAGGUCAUACAGACUGUGCUACUUGUUACUUCAGGACCACUAAGCAAAUAUUGUGGGUGUGGGUGGGACUGAAUGUGUGAAUUUGACAGCUAGUUACUUAGAAUUUAAGUAUUCUUCUCCUCUGAACUUGCAACUUUCAAAACAGUAGACUGCAAGUUCUCACCUGAUGUAGUUCCUACUCUUUUGAGAAGUAAUUGUUGAAAUCUUGGUGCGUAUGAUACAUAGACCAUGGACAUACCUUGCUCUUAGAGAACCUCUAAUGUCUUUCAGAUCUCAAAGCACUUGGUUUUUGGCACUACUCCUCUGAAGAUUGUUUCCCCCCCUCUGUUAACCAUAUUUGCUGUUUUUUUAAUUUUAUUUUGUGCAGCACAAAUGCAUAAUUUGUCUAAAAGAAAUGUCGACUGUCAUUGUGGAACAAUCAUGAGCUACAGAAUGUAAUGUAAGCUACUGGUGCUUUUAGCCACCUGUGUCAGCAUUUCCAGUGAGCAUUUUCUUUUAAUGAAGCGGGUAUAUUUCGCAUUGGGUUGGGGUGGGGGUACUGAACAUUAAGUGAACUUAAAGCUUUACAUGCUGUCUUCUGCAAAGACUUGCUGGUGAUGCACUGAUACAGACGGCUGGAGCAGUUUUCUUGUCGGACUGUUUGAGCCACAUGACGGUGAAACUUUCUUUGCAAACAUCCCUGUUCUAAUAAAUUGCUUUAGAGGUGUUUAGAGGGUUACAUGUAUUCUGCCAAUGGCUGUUGGGUUGUUUAAAAUCAAUACUGUGAUUUUAAAGCUGUAAACAAA